CAGCAGCUGCAGGAUAUGGCUCUGGGGGUUCCCAUCGCAGUCUGCCUCCUGUUCAAAGCAAUGAAGGCAGCGUUGGGUGAAGAAGCAGAAGCGAUCCCUCCUGGCACAGCGCAGCAGAGCAACUGGACAUUUAACAGCACAGAAGCUGACUACAUAGAAGACAGUGUAGCUCUGAAGUUCUCCCAUGCUUGUCUGGAAGACCACAAUAGUUACUGCAUCAAUGGAGCAUGUGUGUUCCACCAUGAACUGAAGAAAGCCAUUUGCAGAUGCUUUACUGGUUAUACUGGAGAACGAUGUGAGCAUUUGACCCUAACUUCAUAUGCUGUGGAUUCUUAUGAAAAAUACAUUGCAAUUGGGAUUGGUGUCGGAUUGUUGAUUAGUGCUUUUCUUGCUGUCUUCUAUUGCUACGUAAGAAAAAGGUGUCUAAAUCUGAAAUCACCCUACAUCAUCUGCUCUGGAGGGAGACCAUUGUGAAGCCUUAUAAGACAUAGUCAUCAAGCCAUUUGUCAAAAGCAACAGGGACUCCAAUGGAUGAUACAAAAUGUGAUAAGCCAACUUGAAAAUAAUGGAAGUUUGGGUCACAAUGCAAUAACUGACCAUAGGUUCUUAGCUUCGGUCAUCGUUGGGUGCCAUGGAAGCUAUGGAAAUGAACUAC